GGUUAUAACCACGGAUUAGAUUUAAUCAGUAAUAAGUGCGCAAAAUAUUCUUCUUAAAAAAAAGACGUCAAACAAGAGUAAUAAACACAAAUUCACUAUGUUAAAUGAAGAAUGCGAUAAAAAAAUUAACGAAUUAACAACUGAAGUAAUAGAUAUCAGAGAAAGUAUUGAUAUAAUUUUAAAAGAUAUUGGCGAAAUACCAGAAUAUACCAAAGCAACUGGUGAUGUUGUUCAAAGUUCAAAUGGAUCGAUUGAAAAAAAUCUUUUACCCGUUUUUUGUCAAGAAAUUGAGAGAAAUGACGAAGAGAUUAGAGAGCCAAAGACUACAUUUAGAGCCUUUGAAAAGAAGAUUCAUGAAUAUAAAGAUAACUUAUCAUCAUUGAAAAAAGAAAUUAUUAUGAAAGAUUUAAUUAUUAAAGAACAAAGAUUACUAAUUGAAAAUUUACGUAAUACUUCCUACGAUGGUACCUUAAUAUUUAAACUGGACAAAUUUGAAAGUAAAAAGAGACAAGCCCAAAUGAAUAAACUGACGAGUUACUAUUCUGUUCCUUUUUAUACGAGUCGGACAGGUUAUAAAAUGUGUAUACGAGUUUAUCCUAAUGGAGACGGAAAUGGUCGAGGAACACAUUUAUCAGUCUUUUUUGUUGUAAUGAGAGGAUCUUUCGAUGCUCUACAAAGAUGGCCGUUCAACAAGAAGGUGACUUUUAUUCUUUUAGAUCAAACUGAUCGGGCUGAGCAUGUUACUGAUGCAUUUCGACCUGAUCCAUCUAGUAAUAGCUUUAAAAGACCUACAACUGAAAUGAACAUUGCAAGUGGCUCUCCAGUUUUUAUUUCACAGACCAUUUUGGCUCAAAAGAAAGACCAAUACUUGAAGGAUGAUUGCUUAUUUUUAAAAGUUUUAGUUGAUACAUCAUCUGGAUAAGUUUUACAAGUAUUACUUAAUUACUGUUAAUGAAAUAUAUAUAUUUAGUUAUACAUAUCUAAAUAUAGAAAAUACACAAAAUAUCAAAAGAGUUUAGAGUUUCUUUUUUAACAGCAUGCAUAUACAUUCUUAAUUGGUUGCUUUUAAUAAGGCAGAUAUUUUCUGUG